AUGGUACGCAAGCAGCAAAGUGACGGGGCGAUCCCGCAGGUGAUCGUGACCGACCAGGAGCAACCGGGCGAUGGACGGUCGAUGUCGCGCGAGGGCACCUACUCGCGGGAACCGUCCCGGGAUCGCCGGUCCCGGUCCGUGUCGAUCUCGCGCCUCCGGGUGGACGAUCCGCUGCGCAAGGAGAUGAUGUUCGUGAGGGAAAAGUCGCCGUUCGAGAUUGGGGAGAACCGCAACGUGCAGGUCGCCUCCUGUAAGGCCAUCAUCGACAAGGCGCUGGUGAUGGACGUGUCGGGCGGUGUGACGAAUGUGGACGAGUACAUCUCGCUCUUCUUCGUGUCGGGCAUCGUGAUCGACGAGGCCUCCUGUAAGGACAUCUCGACCGCAGUGGAGGUAACGAUCGUCGAGGAGGAAGAGGAACGCCCCGAACUGGUGGUGAUGCCGCUCGCCGAGGAGGCCGAGGAUGGUGCGGAACAUGAUGUAGCAGAGCCAACCGAACCGGACGGAACCGAAGCGUUGGACGGUGGCGCGAUGGACGAACAGGCGGAGGAGGUAGCCGAGGUAGACACCGCCGAACUGGGCGAACCCGAGCCCGAGCCCGAAGCGCCGGCCGAACCGAAGGAUGAUGAAUCUGAUUUAAAAGCCGACGGCGACGAGUCCGGAGAGUCUUAUAGCGAAUCGGAGGAAUCAUCGUCAGAACUAUCCUACUCCUACAGCGACAUGUCCGUGGACGAAGUGGAUCCCUCCGAGUGGCGCGUCUUCCACGAGGAUGAGGACGAAAUCGCGAUGAUCAAGUUCGAGCAGCGGGAGAAAACGCCCGAGCUGACGGAGAAGGAAAAGGAUGCCGAGUUCCAGCGGCUCCGGAAGGCGUCGCGGCCCCCGCUAUAUCUCACCAAGCUGACCGACCGGAGCGCCCCCACCGGUUCGACCAUCAAGCUGCAGUGCACGGUCGAGGGCCAGGAGGUGACGGUACGGUGGAUGAAGAACGAUCAGCCCAUCGAGCGGUCCGCCAACCUGCAGACAUCGGCCGCCGACGGGCUGUACACGCUCACGAUCAAGGGCCUGAAGCAUUCGGAUGCGGGCGAGUACAAGAUAUACGCAAAGAACCGGGGCGGCGAGAUACCGUCCGUCGCGCGGGUAAGGGUGUACGAUGCGAUCAAGCCCAAGUGUCAGCUUCCCUUCUUUGUCAAGGUCAGAGACUACUACCACCAUGCGCUGAACGAUCUGGUGAUCGAGUGUCAGAUCAUGUUCCAGCAGGAAUGGUCCAUCCCGACGAUCACCUGGCUCAAGGACGGCGAUCCAAUCGUGUUGGACCAGCGGAUAGGCGCCACCUACGAUGGUUUCGGGGACAUAUUCCAGCUCAACAUCUACGACCCGACGCCGGAGGACAGUGGCCGGUACACGUGUAUCGCGGAGAACGAGGCAGGCCGCAGCCAACUCUCGCACACCGUUGACUUUGUGGACAAGGUGCCCUACAUGCGACUCCCGGGCAUUACCAAUGCCGACCGCAAGCAACUCACAGAGGAGGAGAUCGAAGAGCGCAAGCGCGAAGAACAGCGCAUCAAGAAGGAAGCCCAGGAGCGGCUGGCCGGUGGUGGUCGCUCGGGUCGCGGCGGUGAGGACGCACACGAACCGUACGAAUCGGAAUCGUUCGUCAUACGCGACUCGAAGAACAAGCUGACUUGGGCCGGCCAGCUGCACAACAUCACCACGACGAAGGGUGCGGUGGUGAAGAUGACCUGUUCGGCCAACGGACCGCUGCCGAUGUUCAAAUGGCAGCGCAAUGGCCGUGCGAUCGACUUCGGCGAUCACGUGAAGCUGAUGAACAGUGGUGCGAUCGGACAGAUCGUCAUCAACGGUGUGACGCGCAAAGAUGCGGGCGAGUAUACCUGCACGGCGAAGAACAGCCACAACGAAGUGAAGACGACAUGCGUACUGAAGGUGAUAACGCUCCCGUCGGCCGAAACGACUCCGGCCACCUUUACGCGAGCCGUGAAAGAGUUCUACGACAUCCGAGCGGACGAUCUGGUGCUCGAGGUCAACGUGCACGGCGUCCCGAAGCCGACGAUCAAGUGGCUGAAGGACGGUGAAGAUAUCGUGCUCGGCGAAAAGCUGCUGAUCAACCGUGAACCGAACGGCGUGUAUCAGCUGUGCAUCCACAAGCCGGCACCGUCCGACUGUGGGGUGUACGAGUGCCAGGCGGUCAACUCGGCCGGUACCGCCAAGGUAUCGCACGAGGUAAGCUUCACGUCGAAGGAUAAGCUGAUUCACGUGCAGCACAUCGAGCAUGCGGACUACUUUAAAAGACGGCUCGAGGAGAAGGAAGCGGCCAGUUUGCUGCUGACGGCGGAACCGACCCCACCGACCGACCAACAGGCGCAACAGGCUACCCCGGCCCAGUCCCAGGCACAGCAGCAAGCGGAACCGGCACCGGUGAGCACGGGAGAAGCGGCCCCAUCGGCAGACACUGGCGAGCCGGAAACAACCGGCGACGAGACCGCAGCACCAGCACCGGACGCUUCUACAGAGCAAGCGGCACCAGCGCCGAAAGCCAAGCCCGCAUUCAAGGCGAUGCCGCGGCAACGUUUCACGGAUGGACCGGUGGAACCGUUCGUCAUCCGGGACUCCAAGAACCGGCUGAUGUGGGAGACGAAGCUGAAGAACCUGACGACCCCGGCCGGCAAGACGGUGAAGCUGACGUGCAGUGUGACUGGGCCGCAGCCGACGUGGCGCUGGUUGAAGAACGGUAAGCCGCUCGUCUGGAGCAAGAACGUCGUCAACGCGACCAAGGCGGAGUUUGGCUGCGUGCGCAUCACGCCGGCAACCGUUGCCGAUUCGGGCGAGUAUGCGGCGUACGCGAAGAACAGCUUCGGUGAGAUCGAAUGUUCCUGCACGGUCAACAUCUUCGCGACGGAAAAGGACAUUGAGACGGUGCCAACGUUCACGCGGGUCAUUGACUACUACGAUUCCUUAGUGGACGAUCUGAUCCUGGAGGUGCACGUACGCGGUGUUCCCGAUCCGAAGCUGACCUGGGAGCGGGACGGUGUGGAGUUUACGAACGAAACGGAUCGUGUGAUCAUUUCACGCCAGGGCGACGGUGUAUAUCGGCUCAGCAUCCACAAUCCGGAGAAGCUCGAUGGUGGAAAAUGGGUUGUAACGGCCAAGAACAAUGCCGGCGAGGAGAAGCUCAAACACUCGGUUACCUUCAAGGGGCGCGAGUUCUACCAGAGCCAGCUGACGCACGGUAUCUACCAUGCGGACAAGCAGAUCACCCGUUCGGAAGAGGACGGCAUUGUGUACGGUACCCGGUCACGGUCGGUGUCGCGCGCACCGUCCGUGGCCCACCAGCUGGGUCCCGAACCGGACAUUUCAGCCGUCGUCGAGGCGCUGCAAGCAGUGGAAGCGACUACCGUGGAAGCUCCGGCACCACCGGCUGAAGGCGGGGAACCGGCAACCGCGGCCACCGAGGCACCCGAGGAACCGGCCGUCAAGAAGAAGAAGGAACCGAAGCAAUGGCGCAAGAAUUUGCAGGGCCUGCUGAAGGGACGCAUCCCCGGGCCGAUACCGGAGGAGCCGACCAAACACAAGGUGCUGGAGGUGAAGCAGAAGCUGUACUUCGAGGCCAACCUGAAGAAUCAAACCGUGGCGGAGGGUUCGCAUCUGAAGCUGGUGUGUUCGUGCGUUGGCCCGCAACCGACGAUCAAGUGGUUCAAGAACAACAUCCCGCUCGUCUGGAGCAAGAAUGUGAAGAACGACACGAAGCUGGGCGUCGGGGCGGUGCACAUCAUCUCGGCCGAGCUGAACGACUCCGGCACGUACAAGUGUACCGCCAGCAAUACCUCCGGUGAGGUCGAAACCACCUGCAAGGUGAUCGUGUUCCCGAUACCCGAGAAGCAGCAAGUGGCACCGAGCUUCGUGCGCAACGUUAAGGAGCACUACGACAUCCAGACGAAUGAUCUCAUCCUGGAGGUGAACGUGCGCGGCAAUCCGAUGCCCUCGGUCAAGUGGCUGCGUGACGGCAUCGAUCUGCAGGAUCCAACGGGUGAGAAAUUCUUCCCGAUGCGCGAACCUGGCGGUGUGUUCAAGCUCACCAUCCACGAUCCGCAAGCCAAGGACGAGGGGCAGUAUGCGUGCGAGGCGACGAACGUUGUCGGCAAGGACGUUGUCCGCCAUGCGGUGCGGCGCAUCACGGAGCGCAAGAUCGCGGAAAGCCACGUGUUCGGUAUCGCUUACCAUGAUCCGAACGUGAUGAAGCACGGUGUGUACGAGGAACCUCCGAAGCCGGAACCGGUGGUACGGCCUCACCGGGAGUUUAUCUUCUUGGAGGACGGGUCGUACUACAUCCGUGGCCAAACGCCGGAACAUCUGUGGGAGUGGGAAACGGAUACUAGCGCGGAGAGUGAAUACGAAGAGUACGUCUCACCGGAACCGGAACCGGAGCCCGAAGUUCCGGAAGUGCCCGAACCCGAGCCGGAACCGGCCCCGGUAGAAAAGAAACCAUCGCGCUCACCUUCGCCGGACUUUUUGAUAAAGACUCCGCCGCCACCACCUCCCAAGCAACCGGAACCGGUCGAGGCGGACGAUGAGGAUGAGGAUGAGGACGAGGAGGAGGAGGAGGAGGAAGCCCCACCACCGCCACCGAAGCGUGGCCCCAAGAUCAAGAAGCUGCGCAAGAAGCGUGUGAAGCAGCCGGUUCAGGAGGAAGCGCAGGUGGUCGCGGCACCGGCACCAGUCGAGGCAGCACCGCAACCGGCCCCGGUCGAACCGGUCCCAGUGGCGGCCCCAUCGGAACCGGCCCCUGCCGAGGGAGAGACGGUCGAAGACAAGGAUAAGCUGCGCAAGGAACGCUAUCUCCGCCUCUUCCCGGAGCUAAACCCGGACGACGCGAAGCGGGUGGACGCUCGCGCCGUGCUGCGUUUCGGCAGCACGCUGCACGACAUCAACAUUGUCGAGGGCAAACCGGUGCGGCUGUUCUGCACCGUGCUGGGCUCGAAGGCCGACUUCCGAUGGUACAAGAACGGGGAGCCGAUGGAGUUCACCAAGCAGAUCAAGAACCUGUCCGAUGCGAAGGAAGGCACCGGUGUGGUGGCGUUCAACAAGGCGGCCCGCGAGGAUACGGGCGAGUACGAGGUGGUGGUGAAGGACAAGUCCGGUGCCGUCAUUAAGGGCACGUGCAGGUUGAACGUGCUGCCGGCGCCGGUUCGCAUCCCGGUCGCCGAGGGUGAAGCUCCGCGGUACGUGCGCUGCAUGACCCAGCACUACGACCUGCGCGUGGACGAUCUCGUGCUGGAGACGCAGAUCAAGGGUACGGGCCCGAUCAAGGUGGAAUGGUUCCUGGACGGUAUCAUCAUCCCGAACGAUGAGAAGUACAUCCAGAUCCGGGAGCCGCACGGCAUCCACAAGCUGUGCAUCCACAAUCCGCAGAUUCGCGACAACGGCCGGUACAUGGUGAAGGCCAGCAACGACUUCGGCAUGGAGGAGCUGCGGUAUACGCUCCGGUUCGAGGGGAAGGCGGCCGCAAUGCCGAUGUACCACAUGCACCAUGCGGACAAGCGUCGGCCGGCGUACGAGGAGGAGAAGGUGCAGGAACCGCGCCAACACCGGGAGGUCGUGUUCCUCGAGGAUGGUUCCUACUACCUCAAGGGACAAACGCCCGAACGGUUCUGGGAGUGGGAAACGGACACCGAUGCCGAGAGCGAGUACGAGGAUUACGUGCCCGGUGACACCGAGAGCGAGGAAGAACCGGAAGAACCGGAAGAGCAGGAAGCGGAAGAAUCGGCGGAGAAACCUGCCUCGCCGGAGAAACCCCCGACCGAACCCGCUGCCGAUGGUGCGGAGCAGGAUGAAGCGGAAGAAGAGGAGGAGGAAGAGGUGGAACCACCGCCGAAGCCGGUCAAACGUGGCCCGAAGAUCAAGAAGUUGCGCCGCAAGGUACCGAAACAACCGUCCCCGGAGCCGGUGGAACAGCCGAAGGUGGCGCCCAGGGAGCGGGAACCGCAGCGCCAGGCCGGCGAACCGAAGGUGAAGCUCAGCCAGCUGAUAUCGAGCGGCAAGAGCCUGGCACCGCCGGAGGUACCGCGCGUGAAGCGCUGGAAGAAACCGAUCGAGGUGGAGUUCAUUUCGCAUCUGCGCAGCGGCACGAUCAAGAAGGGCAAGAGCGUGACGCUCAACUGCUGCUGCUCGGACGCGCAGAAGAUCGAGGUGACCUGGCUGAAGGAUGACGAACCGCUGGCGAUGGGACCGCGCUGCCGCAGUGACGUUACGCGCUUCGGCCACUGUACGCUGGAUCUGGUCGAUCUGCGGCUGGAGGAUAGCGGCGUGUACAAGUGUGUGGCGAAGACGGCCAACGGUACGGCGACCGACUCCUGCCGCAUCACCGUGUUCGAGCUGGAAAAGAAGGCCGAAGUCGAGCUGGUGCCACCGACGUUCAUCACACCGUUGAGAGAGCUGUACCACCCGACCACGAACGAUCUGCACCUGGAGAUCCGGGUGCGCGGCAAUCCGGUGCCCACGUUCCGCUGGAUGUACGACGGCAUACCGAUCAAGCACAGCAACGCCAAGUACGAGAUCUUCAACCAGCACUACUACGAAAACGGCACCAAGAUCACGACCGUACAGCUGAUCAUCAACGAUCCGCAGCUGCGGGACAGCGGCAAGUACACGCUGAUCGCCCGGAACGAUGUGAAGGCGGUCGAGAUGUCCCGCCAGAUAUCGAUCCCGCUGCGCUUCGACCAGCGGGUGCAGGCUCCCAAGAAGCGCAUGGACGAUGUGGUGGUCGAGAACGAGGCGCCACGCGUGCUGCCGAAACCGCCAACGCCGGAACCGGAACCGGUCGUCGAGGAACCGCCAGCGGAACCGGCCGAAGGCGAGGAGCAGGCAGAGGAGGAGGUGGAGGAGGAGAGGGAGGACGAAGAGGAGGAGGAUUAG